AUGGCCUCCAAGAAGGAUACACUCUAUCCCAAAAUCUCUGGUAAGCCCAAAAAUUUACUCGUAGAAUUCUCAAAAUACCAGAGAACCUUAAAGACUCGACGUGCUGGGAGUAUUUCUGUCACCGGAACAGUAAAACUUCAUGGAACUCAUGGAGAUAUUCGCAUCACAGCAGACGACACUAUUUACAUACAGACUCGAAAUUUGGAUGUUCUUACACCGGCUCUCGACAGCUUGAAAUUCCUUGAUUUCAUUCAGCCAGCUCGAGUGGAAAUCAUCGCCUUGAAAAGGCAGUUCCAUGCUCUUUUCCAAAAGCUGAACCCUAAAGCCAAGAUCAACGAUGAACAUCCUCUCAUCAUCGCUGGCGAGUGGAUCGGCCCCAGGAUCCAGAAAGACAUCGCAGUCAGUGCACUGCCAGAGCGAUAUUUCGUCAUCAUUUCUGUUUCCAUCAACAACGAAUGGCAGCCAGAUGAACCAUAUUCAGACAUUGAAAACGAGUCUGUUAACAUUGUAAAUAUUUCUCGGGGAGGAUUUUACCACGAAACCAUCGAAUUGAGGAACCCGGAACCAGCAUUCGCAAAGAUGCAAGCUCUGGCCGAUGAAGUGGAGAAAGAGUGUCCAUUUGCGAAGACUUUUGGCCUCAUUGGCCUUGGUGAGGGCAUUGUCUGGAAACCUGCUGCACCUCUUUGCCAUGAUGCAAAAUAUUGGCUCAAGUUAAAGGGUCCAAUUUCCAUGGGAAUCGUAGAGGCUGGACCGGCAGCUCGCAUGCCACAGCGAAGCCAAUUUAUCGCUCCUGUCUUCGCGGCUCCAACUCCCUCUCCUGCUGCAGCGAAGAGAUCUAUACCGAAUCGAAACAUAGGCAACGCGACAUCGCAACGAAAUGUCGUUGGUACAUCGAUAUUCUCAACGUCAUUUUCCUCAGUUACAGCGAGCAGAGCUUCCAGCAAGCCACCAGGCAACCCACUUUUUUUAGAAGGUUCGUGUCCGAAUUUUUUUCCAUCGCUGCCAGCUCCGCCUUCUGUUGCCGCGAGCCAUACAUUUAAUCAGACAUUGGACACCACAACGCCACCGGAAGCUUCCGGGUUGGAGGGUUCUCCAAUGGCAUCUACAUAUAUACCACUGAGGAUUAAGGAGACUGUAGGCGAAAGUCCGGGGGAUUCCAGACUUGAUGAAACUGGUGCUUCAUCGCCUUCGUUGCCAAGACAGGUCAGCGACGUGUCGUCAGAAAUUCAAGGUUCUAGGCCAGGGUCAUUGAUGGCUGGAAAGACUGAGGAGAGGGAAUUGCAAAGUCCGGGAACAGUCGGAAAUGUUACACGCAUGCCAACAGCAUCGAGGAAUGUUACUUCCAUUUCGCCAGAAAAAGCAAGACUUCUCAAGACUCUCAAAUCGGCACGGGUGACACCUGAAAUGUUCAGACAGGCCAGAUCGGAGAUCAUGAGCCUUUUCCAGAUGAGCAGCCCUGCGAAGUUGCCAACCGUGCCCGAGAGAGAAUUCGAGCAUUCGCCGGAGGUCUCAAAGUCUGGUGAGAGUGUGUUCCCUUCUUCAUCUGUCUCCAAAGAAAUCGCAUAUGAAUCAUUAGACGAUGAGGAUCAGGAAAAAGGCGGAUGGCCUAUGCCAUCAUUCAUCAGGAAAGCUCGCAGAAAACAGGCCAAGAAUGCUGGUAUCGUUCCUUUGAUCGGAGUCACCGACGAGAUUAAGGCCAUCGAAACAAAGCAUGCGCAGCUAGAUCUAGUGUCAUUGAAGGUCGAAGAUGGUAAUGAAGGGCCCUCUGAAAUCACCAAACCGGCUUGCGCACCACUGGUUCUCAAGGAGAUUGAGGGGCCAGAAGUAAUAGCGGCCAGAGACUUCGCAAACGAAGUAAUUUGGGAGAGAAGAUUAGAGCAAGGAUGGCAAUAUCUCAUCGAGAAGGGAGAACGUACCGAGAGACAGAACGCAGAAAAGUUUUUAAACUGGUUGUGGGAAGACAUGGCCGUAGAGGAGGAAGCAGAGAUCGAAGAGCUCGAAAUCAAUGUGGUUCUUCUGAAGAAAGAGAUUUUUAGAAUCGGCAGAGAUUGGUUCUUCGAGCAUUUGGCUUUCGAGGAGCAGAAUGAGAACUGGAGUGUUGGAGCAGCGCGUUGA